AUGGUGUUGCGCAGGUGGUUCCCGCUACUUGGCGUGCACCGUGUUGGCUAUACUCACCCGAGUACGCUUCCUGUCCCAUGUGCGCAACGAUGGGAUCUGCGGCUCGCACGCGCCCGUAUCUUUCAGGAAUAUAUUGAGGAGAAGGCACCCGGCGCGUGGCAGUUAGAGGAUGAACGCUCCAUGUCGCCAGAGUUUAAAACCUUCACAGGGUACCCGAUGAGGGACAUGCGGCCGGGAUAUGGGCAGAACCUUCCGGAUUAUAUCAUGAAAAAGCGGCUUCCUAAUAACACUCACUAUGAACUGUUUGCCCGUCGUGACAUUCCCAACGAGGACAAUGCUAUGUAUGGAAAAUAUCUCUACGAUAUGACUGUGCAUGGGACAUCACUACCGUCUACCUACAGGAUGCAUAAGGAUAUCAACAAGGCUCAGCGUAACGACAGAAAGCUAUCGGGCAACCGUUUUAAGGUGUUGUGUUCCUCUGGAGCAAAGAACCCACCGUCUGGAUGGGAGCCUAUUCCCGAUGCAACGGAGGAGGAGGAGGAUUAG